GCACCAUAUCACACCGAUCUCUCCUGUAAACAUGAAGACCUGCCUUAUCCUCCUCGGCCUUGUAGCAGCCUUUGUGGCUGUUGACUGCGGCGUAAUUGCUGAAACUAAACGGCAGCAGCAGGUGUCUGAAGUCAACAUUAUUGAUGUUAUGGUUCACAUAACUGGACGUUUGAAAAUGUUGGUGGAGAAUCUCGCUGGUUUGAAACAGGCGGUUGAAGACUUUGGAGGACAUCAGGCGUUGGAGGAGUAUGUCUCCGGUGCUGAACACGAUUUUGAACAAUUUUUCAGGAACCGAUUUGAAUCCGGAGACAACGGACCAGUCCCGACUGGUGGCCCACCGGGCCAAUCUGGUGGCCAAUCGGCCGAAUCUGGUGGCCAGUCGGCCGAAUCUGGUGGCCCACCAGCCUCCCCAGCUCCACCUUCUAUGCGCUCCUUGAAAAGGAUAUUAGCGGAGUUGAUGAAGAUUUCUAAAAAAUAAAUACCUACUACAAGAUUCCCUACACCAGAGGACCCGUGACCAAAGGAACGCCCAUCAACGAACGAAAUAAACAGAUUAUUAUGUGACUUUGAGCUUUUAAACUAGUACACGACGCCUUGAAGAGUAGCUGAUAGGUUACACUACUGCCAUAUACAAUAACAGUAUAUGUACUCUAUAUAACAGAUCUUUCAGUCAACCAACAUGACUUCCUUUUUUCUAUUUGUAUCAUGCUCAUAAACCUAUCAACUUAUUGCUUUAUGUCGGAUCAUAAAUAUGUUUUCGUAGUUUGUCUUAAUUCUGUUAUAAUAAAAUUUCUUCCAUCUGCAAA